CUAACUAGUCUUAUUUAGUGCUAUUUAAUUAAAACCUGCAUUACAAACUCAAUAUUUACAGAUGUAGAGUUUUACCAGGCAGGUAGAAUGUAAUAAAAGUACAUUUAUUCAAGCGCUGUACUAUAGGGAGAUAUAAUUCUGAGAUAUUUCUCCUUUGUGCUUUCAUUUUUAUUCUACUUUGCAUUUCAGAGGGAAAUAUUGUGCUUUGUUAUGUUAUUAUGGCAGCUUUAGUUAAUAGUAUAAACAUAUACUUUAAUACAAUGCAUUGCUGUAUGGUAAAUUGCAUCCAACAGUACAGAAAUGUCAAUUAAUUAGUUCUACAGCCACCAGCUACAUUAAAAUGCUACUUAAUGUUAAUGAAUCAGUACACCGCGUUCCAAAUUAUUAUGCAAAUUGUAUUUAAGUGUCAUAAAGAUUAUUUUUUUUUGUUUUUCAAUUAAACUCAUGGAUGGUAUUGGUAUUGUGUCUCAGGGCUCUUUGGAUGACUGAAAUCAAUCUCAGACACCUGUGAUAAUUAGUUGGCCAGGUGAGCCCAAUUAAAGGAAAAACUACUGAAGAAGGAUGUUCCACAUUAUUAAGCAGACCAUCAUUUUCAAGCAAUAUGGGAAAGAAAAAGGAUCUCUGCUGCUGAUAAGUGUGAAAUAGUUGAAUGCCUUGGACAAGCUGAAGCAGCUUUGUAAGUGUACUGCUGACAUUUCAUGAGCGCAGACGGAUCCUCAACAUCAGGAGAUGCUGCUGUGACGGUUCACUGAUGCAUGCUAAGAAAACCAGAAACAUGAUGUGGACCUUCAUAUUCCUUUCUAUCCUGUCUCUAAACGUCUGUCAGGCUGCUGCACAAGAAAACUCGACGCAAAAGUACUAUGUCAAACUGAAAAUAGACAAAAAUGCAAUCGGAAACAUAACCGAGCUACUGAGACCUUUUGUGGACGACACCAACCUGAGCGUCGAUGAUUUGAAAAUGACGACAGAGUGUAAGGAGGACUCGGCAGGUGUAAAGUGUAGCUGCAAACCAAACCACAGGUGGAGUGACGACGUUUGUUGGUCUAACAAGACGUGUUGUGGCGACUCAGAAUGCACCUUCCCAACAAACUCAGAUCAAAUGUGUGUUUCUGUCCAUUCAGUUGCUGUUUCAGGGUCUCUCACUCUGGGACAAAAUCAUUCCAAUUGUCUGAGAGAGAGCACAUCUGAAGAAUACAAGAAAUGUAAUGACACAUUGUUCAUAGAGAUGAAGAGAGUGUACAGCACUAUCAGGGGAUUUGUCACCUUAACAAUCACAGGAUACAGGAUUGGAAGCAUCAUUGCAGAUUUUAAAAUGAACAUUGAUGACCGGGUCUAUUCAAAUGAUCUGAUUGAAACAACCCUAAAGCUGAGCGAAUUCCUGCCGGCGACGCUUAAUUUGGAGACUGCAGGUUUUGUCCGCUUGUACAUGCCGCUGACCCUCGUGUGUUACGAAAAGAGCGUCGUCCUCAGGUGCCAGUCAACGGAGGACCUGAACGUUACGCCAAAGUGGAAUCUGAAAAGACCGGACAGAAUAUUUGACAUAACCUCAGGCACAAUCGCAGAUGUGGCAAUAUUAGGAAAAAGGGAGACCAAUCUCACCAUCAGAGAAGUGUCUGAACUCUGGGAAGGAAACUACACAUGUACAUACGAACAACAGCGAUCUCUCGUCACCAUAGUGCACAAAGCCACCGGUAUCCUAGAUGUUUCCCUCCUGCCAAACAUCUACACUUCCACCCAGCCACCAUUUGUUCGCUGUGAAAGUGAAAGGACUGUUGUGAAAGUAACAGCUAAAUGUGAGAUAAGUAAAAGCAGUGAGCCUUAUGAGGUGACCUGGACAGGUGACGGCAUCUUGCAGAAACCAUUAUACAAGAGUCAAGAAACAAUAGUCUAUACAGCUGAGAAAAUAAUGACCUGUAGUCCACCCUUGAAACCUGCAGAACUACAGUGCAUAUUUAAGAACAGAUGCAACCAAACCAGAAGUGGCAAAAUUACGAUCAAUUUCAUAAAUGUGGGUGAAAAGUUUUGUGAAGCUGAAGGUGACUGGUACGACACCAAAGCUGAUUUCACUGCAGAGUUAAAAUGCAAGCAUUCAGCUGGAGUGAGACUACGGUAUUGCAGCGAGGAUGGGGAAUGGGAAAAGGAGGACUCGAGAUGUGUGAUCACGGAACUUUACAGUGCUCUGCAGCAAGCAACAAUUGUUGACAUUGGACUUGGCUUUGAAGAUCAAAAUGUUGCAGAUGUGCUUUCCAUCUUUGAGAACACCACUAAUAACACAGAGAAUAUCAACACUUUCACCAACGUGAACGUAUCGGUCCACGUCCUCAGCACCUUGGAUGAUAAGCUGGAAAGCUUAAAUAAUGAAUCAUCGACAGAUUAUCUUCUUGAGUCAUCUAGUAAUCUGCUCGAAAGGUCUCUUAACAAAUCCUGGAUGUCACCACCUCCUGAUAUCAGUUUGACACUGGCUGAGACAUAUCUGAGUUCACUGGAGCGAUUAAUCAAAAUAGCAAACAUAACGGGCAACAACAGAAAACCAAACAUAGAGGUCGACACGUGCAGCGACGAAGAAGAGUGUAAAAACUCGGUGUUCAAUGUCAACGUCUCCCUUAAACAUCGGGGAGGCGGCAUAGUGAAAACAACUGGAUUCAAACAGCUGGAGAGCUACCUGCCCUACGACGGCGAGAAGAAACUCAACAGCAUCAUCGUGUCGACAACCACCAAUGAAAGCACGGAUGAGGUCGAGAUUACAAUCGACUUCCCGCUGCGCGCUCCAAGGCCUCGCCACGUUGAGCUUGAGUGCGUUGCGUGGAACACCACAAACCGACGGUGGUCUUCAGAUAGGUGCAAAUGGGCGAGAGCUGCUAAUGAAGGACGCUGCACCUGCACGCAUUUGUCCUCGUUUGCGAUUCUUCUGUCCAAACAUCCCAUAAAUGUCCCCGGCGCGACUGAGAUGACCUGCGUUGGGUUGUCUGUGUCAAUCAUAUCCCUCACUCUCAGCCUCCUGAUCGAACUGGUCGUCUGGGGCGACGUAGUCAAGACGAACACUUUACAUUUACGCCACACCGCCCACGUGAACAUCUCUGUAUGUUUGCUGGUUGGAAAUUGCUGUUUUCUGGCGUCCGUUGAGCCACGUGAUUUAUCACGUGUUUGGUGUAAAACCUUCACGGUGCUGAAGCAUUUCUGCUACCUGUCCAUGUUCUUUUGGAUGCUGUGCCUGAGCACCACACUUCUCCACCAAACGCUUUACCUGUUCCAUCAGGUGAGCAGGACAAAGUACCUGAGGUUCUCGAUGAUCGUAGGCUACGUCUGUCCUUUGCUUAUUGUUUUUGUCACGUUUCUUACCAACAACUCUGGCGGUGAGAGCUCCUACUACCGGACUGAGACCUGUUGGCUGGUUUAUAUCGGACUGAUGAAGGGAUCCAUCUUUACGUUUGUCAUUCCAGUUGGUAUAAUCGUCUUCGUCAACAUCUUCUCCAUGCUGGUGGUAAUCAUGAAGCUCUUGUAUCACCAAGAGAACAUAGACAAAUCCCGUGAAAAAGAGAAAACAGCUGCAAAAACUGUCUUGAGGACAGUCGUUUUUCUGACUCCAGUCUUCGGCGUGACGUGGAUUUUUGGACUCGCUGUGUUGAUUGUUGAUCUCACAUCUGGUACCAUUGCUUUUAUAGUCAACUACGUCUUCAUCUUCAUGAACGCAUUCCAGGGUUUGUUCAUUUUGCUGACCACAUGUCUGGGGGACAGAACGACCCGCGAUGCUCUGCUCAAACGCUUCAAGAAAAAAGCUGUAGCAUCCACCAGCAACAACAUCGUGAAGUCAGCCUCGAACGUGAAGUAAAAAUAUCCACCAAAAAAAAAUGUGCUCAUUAAAGUGACUGUUUCUGUUGUUGAUUUUGGUUCACUGCCAGUGAGACGAGUUAAAUUCACUUCACAAAGAUGUAAUAUCUGUUAUGUACAUAGCAGUUUUUUUGACUCCUAAAGCAUCAUAAAGUCAGACUUGACACUGAAGAAAGAGGAGAAAAUUGACCAAAAAAACAUUUUAAUCAUAAAAUCACAGUUAAUUGCUUCUUUAAAUCCUUGAUGUGACUGUUUCUGUUGUUUAUUUUGGCUUAUUGCAGGUAAGAUAAAUUAAAUUCUUGGUAGAAAGCUGCAAUAUUUGUUUUGUGCAUAUAACAUUAGUUUGUUUUCCUCAUAAAGCAUCAUAAAGUUAGACUUGACACUGAGGAAUUGAAAAUUAAAGAAAAAAAAGCAAAAUUUAACAUAAAAUCACAGAUAAUAGCGUCUUUAAAUCCUUGAUGUGACUGUCUCUGUUGUUUCUUUUGGUUUAUUGCCAGUAAGACGACUUAAAUUCCCUGUAAAAACUUAUAUUUGUUUUGUCCAUAUCACAGUUUGUUUGUUUGCUGCUUGAAAGUCACCUACAUACCAAUGCUAACGAUGAUUUAAGCAAUGCUAGACAUUUCUAAGUUGCACAGUUUAUUGUGAUGUGAAGGUGAUUUAAGCCUAUGCUCAUAUGUUGCCUUUAGAGAUACAGUUUUCCUCAUUUUCUUUGCUCUCGUCUGCCCACUCCUCAUCUGUAUCAUCCACUGAAAUCCCUUUCUGGGCUGCUGUCUUGCGGUAAUUCUGACAUUCAGUCUCAGCUCUGCAACACACAAAAACAGGACAGGGCAUCAUGUAAGAAAUCCUACAAUGUUUGCUGUUAUUAAAAUCAUAAGAAUGAAAUAAG